GAGCUGUUCCGGACCGGCGGGCAGGUCCCCGACACCAACUACAUCUUCAUGGGUGACUUUGUAGAUAGAGGUUAUUAUAGUCUUGAGACUUUCACUUACCUUCUUGCACUCAAAGCUAAGUGGCCCGAUCGUAUCACACUGUUACGAGGCAAUCAUGAAAGCAGGCAGAUAACACAAGUGUAUGGAUUUUAUGACGAGUGCCAAACCAAAUACGGAAAUGCUAACGCUUGGAGAUACUGUACCAAAGUCUUCGACAUGCUCACAAUAGCAGCUUUAAUAGAUGAGCAGAUUCUCUGUGUGCACGGUGGCCUCUCUCCAGACAUCAAGACACUCGAUCAAAUUCGAACCAUUGAACGUAAUCAAGAAAUUCCUCACAAAGGCGCCUUCUGUGACCUCGUGUGGUCUGAUCCGGAAGAUGUCGACACGUGGGCGAUCAGUCCGCGAGGAGCGGGCUGGCUCUUCGGUGCCAAGGUGACGAAUGAGUUUGUCCACAUCAACAACUUGAAACUCAUCUGCAGAGCGCACCAGCUAGUUCACGAAGGCUACAAAUUCAUGUUUGAUGAGAAAUUGGUAACGGUAUGGUCUGCUCCAAACUACUGCUACCGCUGUGGAAAUAUCGCGUCAAUCAUGGUCUUUAAAGAUGUAAAUACCAGAGAACCAAAGUUAUUCCGGGCAGUUCCAGAUUCAGAACGUGUAAUUCCUCCUAGAACAACCACGCCGUAUUUCCUCUGAGACCCUUCCCCGCCUGCUGUCUCCCUCCUCCCUUGUACUGUCCCUUUACAAUAUACUUUUUAUCGAGCACUUUGCUGCUGAAAUGCUGCCUCUUGCCUUUUUUAUUUUUAAAUUAUCUAAAUUUAUUGUGUAUUAUGGUGUCUGUAGCAAGUUUCUUUUUAUUUUCCCUACCCUAGAUUAAUUUCAGAUUAUUUGUAAUAUGUCCUGGAAAUCGAUACUGCUGCAUGUAGCCCUCGCCUGCUCCUGGGGUUAGGGGA